GACCACCAAGAUACAUAAACCAAUUCGGUAAAACUUUCCUGUUCUCCGCAUCAACUUUCUUACCCAAUACCUCUCGUUGAAUGAGAGACAACGGGGUACAGAUAAGAUUGCUUCCCCUCACCAAUUACUAUAUUUACUCAUAUACGAACGAAUUCAUGGCACAGAGGCAGCGUGGCUUACGAUACCACUUCAAGAUCAAUUGAUUGCUUUCCCACCGAUACUCUGUCUACUAACACACAGCAACUAAUACGUUAAGCCUAGAUGCUUCAUAACGAGAAGCCGCAAAUUAUUCUGUUCAGCAUAACAAGCCACCCUCCACAAUUAUGUUUUCCAAAGCAUCUCUGAUUCGAAACUUUCUCCGAGCCGCCAAGCCAGCCACAGUUCCACGUAGAACUCUCAUGACUCUUCCCUCGUUUUCGCUCGAAGGAAAGACUUGUGUUGUCACUGGCGCUGGAAGAGGAAUUGGGAAAGAAUGUCUUACUGCUUUCGCGCUCAGUGGUGCCCGCGGGGCUUGUGUUGACCUCACUCGCUCCAUUGGGGAGGAAUCGAUCGAUCAUAUCAAAUCGAGCAUCAAAACCACGAAUCCCUCCUACAAACCCGACCUCCGUCCCUAUGGAUGUGAUGUGGCAUCAGAAGACGCAGUACAAAAAACAUGGACAAAGAUCAUCGAAGAUUUUGGACAUGUCGAUGUAGUUGUUACAGCUGCCGGUAUCGUUGAGAAUUAUGAGGGAGAGCAAUAUCCUUUUGAUAAAUGGAAGAGGAUGGUGGACGUAAAUCUUAAUGGGAGUUUCUUGUUUGCCAGGGAGGCAGGGAAAUACUGGAUUGAGAAAAAUUCCAAGGGAAACUUGAUCCUAAUAUCGUCGAUGAGCAGCAAGAUUUGUGUCAGGCCACAGAAGCAGGCGGCGUAUAAUGCUAGCAAAGGAGCUGUCUCGAUGCUUGGUAAGAGCUUGGCCACAGAGUGGGGCCCCUAUGGGAUCAGGGUCAACAAUCUGUGUCCCGGAUACGUGAAAACAGAUCUCAUAAUUGAUCUUUUGGAAAAGGAGGGGAAACAUAUCGAAGAGAAUUGGGUAAAAGAUAUACCGAUGGGGCGUCUCAGUCAUCCAAGUGAGUUACAGGGAACGCUCGUCUAUAUGGCGAGUGAUGCGUCGAGCUAUCUGACUGGUUGUGAUCUUGUCGUUGACGGUGGAUAUACCUGCUAUUGAGUUCUUCACGACAUUCAGGCAAAUUCUAGGUUACUUUAGUAUACCAUCAGAGUUCUAUCAAUCUUUUACGUUGUCUUAAACCCAAAAAGCUUUCAUUGGUGCUAUUCUGAUAAAGUGCACGGAUUGUGGUUUGACAGACGUCCGCAAAGUAGUUCUUUGCCCCGCACGACAAAACAUUUAGCGUCUCAGCUAUGUUCCUUUCUCCUACCUAGCCCACGUAAUUCUUUUUGUUUCA